ACACACACACACACACCCGCCCCGCCGUACAGCUGUACACUUAAAAACAUUCAGAAAUGAGUUUAGAGAGAGAAACUCCUUCGUUUCUAGAGAGAGAAAGUGUUCGAACGACUACGACGACGACGACCCACUGCAAGAUCCGAAAUCACUAACCUACGACUCUUUCUUCCUUUUCUCCUGGUAUUUAGGGUUUUCGUUGAGUUUCAUGUAUGGAUUCGGGACCUACAGUUGGUGAGGGAGGUGUGGGAGACGGUGUUAGAGAGAAGCAGAGGUACGUGGAGAGUAAAGUGUACACUAGGAAGGCCUUCAGAGCCCAAAGGAAGAACAACAACAACAGCAACAACAACUCAAAUUCAAUUGCCGAUGUAGCCACUGCCACUGCCACUGCCACUGCCACGGCCUCUGCUGUUGAGAAUAAAGAAGAUAUUGAUAAUAAUCGAAAUAACGAAACUGCUACCGCCACAGCUACUGCCCCGACCACUACCACCACCGUCACCAACGACAAUAACGAUGCUAAUGUCAAUAGUGAUAUUGACCGUGAUAAAGGUAACAAUUUGGUUGAACCUCUUCUAUGUACUACAGUGACGGAGGAUAAGAAUACGGCUCAGCAGCAGCUCAUUUCGAGAUCCCAUGUGGUGUCUGAGGAUUCCUCAUGUGUCAAUCGUCAGCAGGUUGCUGCUGGGGAUGCAGUGCAGAGCACUCAAGACCAACCCUCAGGAAAUGGGGUUAUGGAAGUGGCCGUGGAAAAUCAAAAUAACAAUAAUUUGGGAUCGAAGUCUAAGCAGGAGAUGCGAGAACUUCGGCGUAAGCUUGAGAGUGAUCUUGAGAUGAUUAGAGAUGUGUUGAAAAGAAUUGAGGCAAAACAGGGGGAGUUAAUUGAGUCUAGUACUUUUCAUGUUACGACUAAUGAAGGAAUGGAUAAAGUUGGUGGAGACAAGCAGCAGAUUCAUCCUGAGGUUGCUUCUGUUCGUGUGCCUCGUGAGCCUUCUAGGCCUCUGAAUAAAUUGAGUGUAUCAGUCUUGGAGAACAGUCAGGGUGUGAGUGAUUAUGUGGAGAAAGAAAAAAGAACUCCUAAAGCAAACCAAUUUUAUCGAAAUUCUGAAUUCAUACUUGGAAAAGAUAAACUGCCUCCAGCUGAGAGUAACAAGAAAGCAAAAAUGAAUAUAAAGAAGCCGGGUGGAGGAGAAAUUGCUCACAGUUUUGGGACGGGUUCCAAGUUCUUUAAGAGCUGCAGUUCACUUCUGGAAAAAUUGAUUAAGCACAAGUAUGGUUGGGUGUUUGAUGCUCCUGUCGAUGUGCAGGGUCUUGGUUUGCAUGACUACUACACCAUCAUUAAGCAUCCAAUGGACCUAGGAACAGUGAAAUCUAGGCUGAACAAAAACUGGUACAAGUCGCCUAAAGAAUUUGCUGAGGAUGUGAGACUUACAUUUCGCAACGCUAUGACAUAUAAUCCCAAAGGACAAGAUGUCCAUGUAAUGGCAGAUCAACUGUUGUCAAUAUUUGAAGAUAGGUGGGUUAUUAUAGAGGCAGACUAUAAUCGAGAGAUGAGGUUUGGAUUAGACUAUGGCACUGCUCUAUCCACACCUACUUCCAGAAAGGCUCGUCUUCCACAACCACCUCCUCUUGACAUGAAACGAAUAUUGGAAAGGUCAGAAUCUACAACAUAUCGUCUUGAUUCCAAGAAUAGACCUUUGAGUGCUACUCCCUCAAGUAGGACACCUGCUCCAAAAAAGCCCAAGGCAAAAGAUCCUCAUAAAAGGGAUAUGACUUAUGAAGAGAAGCAAAAACUCAGUAGUAACCUUCAGAAUUUACCUUCUGAAAAACUGGAUGCCAUUUUACAAAUAAUUAAGAAGAGAAAUUCAAAUAUUUUUCAAGAUGAUGAAGAAAUCGAGGUGGAUAUCGAUAGUGUGGAUGCAGAGACACUCUGGGAGCUUGAUAGGUUUGUGACAAACUACAAAAAAAGUUUGAGCAAGAACAAGAGAAAAGCUGAGCUCGCACUUCGAGCAAGAGCUGGUGAUGAACACAAUUCGACCCAAAAGGCCCCCGUUGUGAUGGAGGUCCCAAAGAAAACUAAAGCAGAUGAAAAUACCGUUUCAUCUUCAGUGCCCGUUCAAGGACAGGGCAAUGGUAGGAGUAGGUCAAGUAGUUCAAGCAGUUCUAGCAGUGAUUCUGGAUCUUCAUCUAGUGAUUCAGAUAGUGAAAGUUCUUCAGCAUCUGGAUCUGAUACUGGGUCUUAAAUGGCUUCAAAUAUUCUUCAGAUGUCAAAUUUUCUGGAGUUGUCGGCAAGUACUUCAGGUGCAAAGAACUCUCAGCUCUGACUAAAAUCCAAAUCAUUGUCGUGCACGGGCCGGAAAGGCAACUUGAAGUCGAUUCAUAGUCAGCCAAUGGCAACCUAAGCUUUUGAUAUUAUAUUGGAAAAAGAAGACUUCAGUGCAUGCCACCCACCCCCCAUGUAGCCAUUUAUUCUGCCUCAAAUUUGUAUAAUAUUGUAGUAAUCUGAUCGAUUAGCCCCCUCUUGCGUAGCACCUGUACAUCGCUAAUCAAUUGCUACCAUCUCUAUUGUUUCAUUAGCAUCAAUCCCUCCUACUAUUAGAGUUUGUAAACCAAAUGUCAGUAACAGCAAACAGAAGUUGGUGGGUAAGAUUUGAAGAUUCUUGGAGCUUUGUAUUUGCUCUUUAAUGGAUGGCAUAUGGAAUGUUAAGGAGGAUUGUGAGGCAAUUCCAUAGUGUUUGCCAUGGCUGCUGCUGCUGCUGCUAGUGUUUUUAGUUGUAAAGGAUGCAGUAAAAAGUAGGAUUUUGAUUAGUUUAUCUUAGGUUAAUCAGUUAGCUUUUGUUAA